AUGAGUUCCGCACAGAUUGCCCAACCCACCAAAGCCGAUGAGCCAGGUUCCCCACGAACUGAUGGCCGAGGAACCGAAUCAUAUGCUGGACACCCACAGUUGAACCCCUACUCGUGCCUAUCGUGUCGAAAGAAGAAGAAGAAAUGCGACAGAGUGUACCCUUGUGUUAAUUGCCGCAAAGCUGGUGCUGAUUGCUUGUUUGUGCCGAGACGGCCUUCAACUCGGCCAAAGACCACUCAAGGUAUGCUUGAGAGGCUCCAACAUCUCGAGGGAGUAAUCGGCCACUUGAGAGACAGUUACGGUCAAGGGACAACACAGAAAUCUACCAAGACUGCAGAAGUUCGCGCGAAUGCAAGUAUAGAAGGGAGUGAGACUACACCCCGAUCUGAUUCUACCGACAGCAGAAGAACACAACCCGAUGCAGUUGCCGAACUAGGAACGGAGCUUGGCAGGUUGGCGGUCGGAGAUGGACAAAGUAGAUAUAUCAACAGUAGUUUCUGGGCAAGCUUAGACGAAGAGGUAUGUAAUUUGUUGCGAUUACUUUCGUUGAACGCUUCACCUAAUACCUUUCACCAGGUAGAAGAUCUCAAGAGUUUGUUGAUGGAGUUACCGGAUGAUGCAAAGGCAUGGAGCACACCUAAUUCUCUGGAAAUUGGAGCUGUCAAUCAAAGUUUUAUAUUUGGGGCCGGUACUCAGCAUCAGUCUCUGUCUGUCUUCCAUCCGCCAGCGCAACAGGCACUUCUGUGUUGGCGUCUAUUCAAGGAAAAUUGCGACCGCCUUAUCAAAGUUUUGCACAUCCCUACGACCGAACCGAUAAUUCUUCAAUCUAUCAGGCAACCAACCUGCAUACCCAAAGGGCUUGAGGCACUCUUAUUUUCCAUUUAUUUCUCUGUUGUAGAGAGCCUUUCGGAAGAUGAAUGCUGUGAAUUGUUCGGCAGUCACAAGGGCGACCUCAUCGACACAUAUAAAUUUGCGACUGAACAAGCACUGGCGCGAGCCAAAUUCCUUGAAACCGACGAAUUAAUAGUUCUACAGGCUUUUGUCAUUUUUCUGAUGAGUCUACGCAAUCAUUGUAGCAUUAGACUUAUGUGGAGCCUCACUGCUCUGGUAGUUCGUCUUGCUCAGAAUGCGGGCAUUCAUCGCGAUGGCACUCACUUCAAUCUGUCCCCAUUUACGGUUGAAAUGAGACGGAGAUUAUGGUGGAGUAUAUGUGUUCUCGACUCUCGUGCCUGUGAAGACUCUGGCCAUGACGCGACGCUUCCACAUGGUGGUGCUGAUACUUAUAUACCGCUCAAUAUCAACGAUUCAGAUCUAACUGCGCAGAUGAAGGACGCUCCUCAGCCUAGGAUUGGUCUCACAGAAAUGAGUUUUAGUAUAGUUCGUUUUGAAGCAACAGCUUUGUUUCGACGACUCCAGUACGCUUCAACCAGUUCCGUGGCGAAAGGGGAUAAAGACCAAGAUCUUGCGGAAAAGAUGAAACAAGUUUCUGAAAGCCAAAAGCGACUUCAAGAGCUUUAUCUAAAAUACUGCGACUUAUCAGAGCCCUUCUCGUGGUAUAUCUAUACCAUCGCGCAAGUUGUUUUCACGAAGAUGCGACUGGUUGCACACCAUCCAUAUCUACGUCGCUCCGGUUAUGCGGAGCUGCCUCAAGAGACACAGGACCGACUAUUCACUUCUUCUAUCACAAUUCUUGAAUACUGGUUAGCCUUGAAUACAGAAAAGAAGACCCGGAAAUGGAGGUGGCUAUGCGAGACGUAUAUUCAGUGGUACGCACUUACGUUUUUACUCUCGGCGUUGUGUGUUCGCUCAGAGAGUGAAGAAGUAGAGAGGGCCUGGAAUGCAGUUGACGCUACUCUCCGUCUCGGGCUCAAGCUCUCGAGCACAUCUUAUAAGAGAGCAGGUUCGAAUCCAAAAGGACUGUCAGAGAUUGAUGAAACCUCUUGCGAUGCGUAUAAGCCCUUGCGCAGGCUGAUAGAGAAAGCCCGCGCUGCCAGGUCCCGGACAUCUCUGCCGAAAGACAAUGUCGCCCAGGUUCCGCAAGUAGGAAUAACAGACCUGACAACACAAGAUGGACUAGGAACAUCAAUUGGAGGAAUUGAGGGUGAAGUAUUACUUGCUGGGAAUUUCAUAGACGCCACACCUCUGGAUGGCAUAUGUACAUCGGGGUUUUCAGCGCUGCAAGAAUUGCCGGGAGUAUAUCAUCAAUGGAUAUACGACCUCGAAUUUCCCGACCAAGGCCAUGAUGUAGCCCCAGGGGGCAUGAAUUGGGAUAUCUCUCUAGGGACGGAUGAGCCUAAGCCAAUAUUUUGGAAGUAA